GAACACUCAGCGUGACUUCACCAAUAAGCCUCAGUGGGGCGAUUAGUGGAGUGAGUGGGCAACCCACUCAUCAUACAGCGGCUUCAGCGUUACAGCGAGCGUUCCCAGGGAAGCUAGUACUUUUAGCAUGACCCAGAGGGGAGGGCAGUGGGUGCAGAGGCGGGUCCACGGGAGCUCACCUUUCACUAGAGGAAGAUAAGGUGCAGCUCCAAAAACACUCGCUGCUUCCCCACGGCUCCGAAACGUGGAGAGAGCGAGUGGAUCCUGCUUGAACUCUCCUGAGUUUGAGGAGAUCCGUUUGUCUUCGUCGAAUCGUACGCUGUGAACCCCCUCCUUCUGGUUUGAUCGCAGGGUGGGGGAGUGUGUGGGGAGCCACCCUGUGUCUGAAGCGCCGCACACCGGGGGAUCGAGGAGCCCAAGCGCCACCAUGGACAGCGCGCACUCCAAGACAGUGUCCGAGGUGCUCCGGCACUUCGAGGUCAACGAGAGCUGCGGACUGAGCACCGAGCAGGUCCGGAGGAGCAGAGACAAGUACGGACCCAACGAGUUACCUGCAGAAGAAGGGAAAUCUCUGUGGGAACUUGUAGUGGAACAGUUUGAAGACCUUUUAGUGCGGAUACUUCUCCUGGCUGCAUUUGUUUCAUUUAUCCUGGCCUGGUUUGAAGAGGGCGAAGAGACUACUACUGCCUUUGUGGAGCCAAUAGUUAUUAUUUUGAUCCUUUUUAUCAAUGCAUUUGUGGGAGUAUGGCAGGAGAGAAAUGCCGAGAGUGCCAUUGAAGCCUUGAAGGAGUAUGAGCCGGAGAUGGGGAAGGUGAUUCGUGGAGACAGAAGUGGAGUGCAGCGUAUCAGAGCCAGAGAUAUAGUUCCAGGAGACAUUGUAGAGGUGGCAGUUGGUGACAAGGUACCCGCUGAUAUCAGAAUAAUUGAAAUCCGAUCUACAACACUACGGGUGGAUCAGUCCAUUCUGACAGGGGAGUCUGUCUCUGUGAUCAAACAUACCGAUCCUAUUCCUGACCCAAGGGCUGUUAAUCAAGACAAGAAGAAUAUGAUUUUUUCUGGAACAAAUAUUGCUGCUGGUAAGGCCGUUGGAAUCGUAAUUGCAACUGGAGUUUAUACAGAGAUUGGAAAGAUCAGGAAUCAAAUGGUUGCCACUGAGCCAGAAAAGACCCCAUUGCAGCAGAAGCUUGAUGAAUUUAGCCAGCAACUCUCCAAAGUCAUCUCCCUCAUCUGCGUGGCUGUUUGGGUCAUCAACAUUGGUCACUUCAACGACCCAGUGCAUGGAGGAUCUUGGUUUCGCGGAGCUAUUUAUUAUUUUAAAAUAGCAGUGGCUUUGGCUGUAGCAGCUAUUCCCGAGGGCCUCCCUGCAGUGAUUACCACUUGCCUUGCUCUAGGCACACGACGCAUGGCAAAAAAGAACGCAAUUGUGAGGAGUCUCCCAUCUGUGGAGACACUGGGCUGCACUUCAGUCAUCUGUUCAGACAAGACUGGUACCCUGACCACCAAUCAAAUGUCUGUGUCCAGGAUGUUUGUAGUUGAAAAGAUUGAAGGAACAAAUUGCAGUCUUCACGAGUUCAGCAUUACUGGAUCCACCUACGCCCCAGAAGGUCAAGUUUUGAAAAAUGACCAGACUGUUGUGCCUGGACAGUAUGACGGAUUGGUGGAGCUGGCCACUAUCUGUGCUUUGUGUAAUGACUCCUCCUUGGAUUUUAAUGAGUCCAAAGGAGUUUAUGAAAAAGUUGGAGAGGCUACAGAGACGGCUUUGACCUGUCUGGUUGAAAAAAUGAAUGUUUUUAAUACAGACCUGAAAAACCUUUCAAAAGUUGAACGAGCAAACGCCUGCAAUACUAUGAUAAAGAAACUCAUGAAGAAAGAAUGUACACUGGAAUUCUCUCGAGAUCGAAAAUCCAUGUCUGUCUACUGCACUCCUGUCAAUCCCAACACGAUGACGUCUGGCAGCAAAAUGUUUGUCAAGGGUGCUCCAGAGAGUGUGAUUGAGCGUUGCAAUUAUGUGCGUGUGGGCACCAACAAGCUACCUUUGACUCCAUCAGCCAGAGAAAAAAUUAUGUCAAAAAUUCGUGACUGGGGCACAGGCAUGGACACUCUUCGGUGUCUGGCACUGGCAACACGUGAUGUGCCACCAAAACUGGAAGACAUGCAGUUGGAGGAUUCUUCCAAGUUCGUCAAUUACGAGACAAACCUGACAUUUGUUGGAUGUGUUGGGAUGCUGGACCCUCCCCGUAAAGAAGUCACUACUUCUAUUGAGUUGUGUAAGAAAGCUGGCAUCAAAGUGAUUAUGAUAACUGGAGACAAUAAAGGUACAGCAAUAGCCAUUUGCCGAAAGAUUGGGAUCUUUUCAGACUCUGAAGAUAUAACAGACAAAGCAUACACAGGGAGGGAGUUUGAUGACCUUCCAUUAGAAAAACAGCGUGAGGCUUGCCAGAAUGCCCGUUGUUUUGCUCGUGUGGAACCAGCCCACAAGUCCAAGAUAGUGGAGUAUCUGCAAUCUUUGCAUGAAAUUACUGCCAUGACAGGUGAUGGAGUAAAUGAUGCUCCUGCAUUAAAGAAAGCUGAAAUAGGAAUUGCUAUGGGUUCAGGGACUGCAGUGGCAAAGUCUGCUGCAGAAAUGGUCCUGUCGGAUGAUAACUUCUCUACUAUUGUGUCAGCAGUUGAAGAGGGAAGAGCAAUUUACAACAAUAUGAAGCAGUUUAUCCGUUACCUUAUUUCUUCCAAUGUGGGCGAAGUUGUUUGCAUCUUCCUAACUGCUAUUCUUGGCCUGCCCGAAGCCCUUAUCCCUGUUCAGUUACUUUGGGUGAACCUUGUGACGGAUGGGUUGCCUGCCACUGCUUUGGGAUUCAAUCCUCCAGACCUGGACAUCAUGGAGAAACUUCCACGGAAUCCAAGGGAGCCUCUUAUUAGUGGCUGGCUCUUUUUCAGAUAUCUUGCGAUUGGAGUGUACGUAGGGUUGGCCACCGUGGGAGCAGCAACAUGGUGGUUCCUAUACGAUGAAGAUGGACCACAUGUCACGUUUCAUCAGCUGCGACACUUUAUGAAGUGUACCAGUGAUAAUCCAGUCUUUGAAGGUAUUGACUGUGAAGUGUUUGAAUCCCGUUACCCUACCACUAUGGCCCUCUCAGUGCUUGUGACCAUUGAGAUGUGCAAUGCCCUAAACAGCUUGUCUGAAAAUCAGUCAUUGUUAAGAAUGCCUCCAUGGCUUAAUAUUUGGCUUCUUGGUGCCAUUAUUAUGUCUAUGGCGCUGCACUUCCUGAUCCUCCAUGUAAAACCCAUGCCACUAAUCUUCCAAGUGACUCCCCUGAGCUUCUCACAGUGGGUGGUAGUACUGAAAAUGUCCCUGCCUGUUAUCUUGCUUGAUGAAGGUCUUAAAUAUAUUUCUCGGCAUCAUCUACAUGGCCUAUUGAAGACAGUUGAACAGUCAUGGAAUGGGACAGCCCCAGUGAACUCCUACAAGAGUCAAGAACAAGCUGGGAGGAAACGAAUUAUACAGAACCCAGACAACAACAUUUCAAAAUAACAAAACUCUUAGAUCUUUUUCCAACUAAAUCUCCUGCACGUUUGAAAACCUGAAGUUGACAGCAGGACCUCUCCCACUAUCAGAUAUAUGUGGGUGAAAAGCAUAAAAAAACAAACAAAAAAAAAUGUUACUGAAAUAUUUGUUUGUAGCUUUUUUUCUGUACAUACAGGUGCAAUAACUGGACAGCUGAAAUGUGGUUAGGGGAUUACAACUAAUUUUAAAUGGUUUGUUUAGGUUUUAAAUGUGCAAGCUCAUGAUAAUUCAAGGACCUAUAACUUGAUGUGUCUAUGCGUGAAGACCUAUACAGAAAACCAGGCAACAUCCAGUGUGCUUUCUUUAUUGCUGUGUGGUUCCAUUGUUACUGAGUAACAAACAGACUUCCCGUUAUUUUAGGUCAACACACUUGGAAACUAAGAUCUUGCAGCUGUCACAUUUACUUCUUUUCCAAAAUAUUUUUAGAUGCCAAUACCAAAAUGUGUGCUCUGGGACAUGAGCUGUCAGAUCUACUUCUUCUACAGUGUAGAGUUGACAAUGACAUAUGCCAUGUGUUGGUCCAAGUCCCUUCUUGGUUUAAAAUGUCAAAACCUUCUAGAGGUGUAAGGGUGUCUGUAGAGGUGCUGAUCUUAUACAUUUCAUCUUGACAACACACACACGUAUUGUUGGGCACGUCUUGGUUAACUCAUUGCCAUGUUAAAAAUUAAUCAGUUGUACGUUUCUAUUCACAAGCUUAGAAUACAGGCUCAUGUUUACCAAAGAGUCAAUGUGCAUUAAUUUGGGUGGGGAAUCAGGGCAAAUA